AUGGUCGCUUUAGAAUUGAAGUUUACUAAUGCUAUAGGGCAAAUAGAAGCGUCCAAUGUUACUUCUUGCGUUGAUUGUUGUGUAAAAUAUGACACCGUGGAUCAACCUGGAAAUCUUCAAAAUGGUACUUACACCGGACCACUAGGUGACAGCCCAUGCUCUGAUGAACCACCCGAGUACGAGAAGAUACGUGACGGUAUCCUUUUAGUGGGAGGUGAUUGCGAUGGUACAUAUAUCGCAGAUUGUGGAUACACUCGAGUAGUCAGCAAUUACCUUGGACCAACUUCUUCUGCUACACGCCAAGUACCUAAGAUUUUCGCUAUUCUAGCUUUUGGCUUAGCAGCAACUGUAUGUCUAUAG